AUGCCCUUGUUGGCAGCUUAUGUGCUAAGGAACCCUCUUUGGAGUUUCGGGAGUCUUAUCUGUAAGCUGAAAAAUACAUUGAUUGAUACGUGCGUACUGGCUGCGGUCUUCUUCCUUACAGCGAUCAGCCUUGAGCGUUUCUUCUUGGUGUAUGGUCCACUGUGGUACCGGAAGAACAUGAAUCCCUGCAGGGCCUCCAUCUUCUGCCUGUCUAUGUGGGGGUUGGCCUUCUUGAUCAGCUCGCCAUACUUAGUACUGUGUCACAUAGAACAAUCCGGCAACAUCACGGUCUGCUGUUCAGAACUGAUCAUUUCUUGGAGAGAAGGAAACCCUGAAAAACUCGACCGCGCAACCGCAUGGGGCUUCUUCGUUUUCCAUUUUACUCUAAGUUUCCUUUUACCCUUUGGCCUCUUGACCAUUUGUUAUUUCCUCAUCGGACUCAAAAUUAGAAACAACCAUCUCGCCAAGUCCACAAAACCGUACAAACUGAUUUUAACGGUCGUGGUCUCGUUUUUCGUGUGCUGGGCCCCUUACCACGUUCGCAACGGGAUGAUUGUGGAAAAGGGCAAAUUCCCGGAGGACGUUCUACAAGUACUGAUAGUCCUUUCCACCUGCUUCACUUGUGUGAACUCCUGCUUCACCCCCAUACUUUAUCUCUUCAUCGUGGAUAGUUUUAAAAAGGAAUUCAAGAAAUCUGCACAACUUCUCAUCGGUUUAGUGAUCAGGUAA